GGCUCCUGAAGUCGUGGGCCGCGGCCUGGACGCAGCCUGGCGCAGCUUGGCGCCGCCGACCCGACGUUCCCCUGGCGCUGUGCUGCAGUCUGAGGUGGAGGCUGGCACCGGCGGAGCCGGGAGUCGGAGCUCUUCCUGUCCUGUCGCUGUGAAACUGCUUUCUCUCGGUCCCCAGGUUAUCAUGGGGAAUCCGCGCGAUGGACAUGCACCCUGCAGACUUUGCAGCGCGGACGGGUUGGUGAUGCGGAGUCUGGAGCCAGUGACCUUUGAGGACGUGGCUGUGAACUUCACCUCAGGAGAGUGGACUAUGUUGGACUCCAGUCAGAAGAAGCUCUACAGAGACGUGAUGAAGGAGACCUUUCUGAACCUGAUCUCCAUAGAGAAAACACAAGAAGAAAAUUUUGAAGAGGACUACCAAAAUCUCAGAACUCAGGUGGUUGAGAAAGAUGGUGAAUGUGAACACGGUAGUCAGUGUGAACAAACUCAGGCACAGAUUCCAAAGCAUCCUGUUACUGAGGACAUGCCUCCUGCAAUAACACUAUGUGAAAGCAGUUUGGAUACAAGAAAAGCCAUCGGUAAUUCACCCUUGGAUGUGCACCUCAGUAAUCAAACUCAAGAGAAACCAUUUGAGUGUAAGGAACCAGUGGAGAAGGCUUUUAAACAUGAGAAAUGUUGGGAAGAUAUGAGUCAUUCUGAGUCAUUUCAGGUGCAUGGACGUUCUAGUGAGAACUCAUGUGAAAAUCAGCAAUGCAAUGUAACUUGUGGGAGUCGCCAUUGUGAUCAACAUCAGGAGAGAACUCACAAUGGAAAUAACCACAACGAGACCACCUUUAUGAAAUGUACAUAUGACCAGAUAGAUGAAACGACCCAUAGUGAAGUAAAGCCAUUUGUGUGUAAGCAGUGUGGAGAAGCCUUUGUUAAUUCCAGUCACCUUAUCAGUCAUGAACGAAUUCACAUAGUAGAAAAGUGUUAUAUUUGCAAACAAUGUGGAAAAACAUUUAGGUAUUUGUCAUGCUUCCAAAAACAUGAAAGAAUUCACAGUGGAGAGAGGCCUUUUGUGUGUGAGCAAUGUGGAAAAGGAUUUAUUCAGUUGAAAUACCUUCUCAUGCACCAGAGGAUUCAUGGAGAGAAUUCUUAUGAAUGUAAACAUUGUGAAAAAGUUUUCACUAUUUCCAGUGCCCAUAAUCUUCAUGAAAACAUUGAAGGUGGAGAGAAACCUUAUUCAUGUACACAUUGUGGAAAAGCUUUCACUAGUCCCAAUGACUAUAACAGUUGUGAAAGAAUUCAUACCGGAGAGAAUCCCUUCGUAUGUAAAAAAUGUGGGAAAGCCUUCAAACGUUUGGGUCAUUUUAUGAAUCAUGAAAGAAUUCACACUGGAGAGAAGCCUUAUGCCUGUAAACAUUGUGGAAAAGCCUUCACCAGUUCCAGUGACAGAAACAGUCAUGAAAGAAUACACACUGGAGAGAAACCCUUUGUAUGUAAAACAUGUGGGAAAGCCUUCAGUCGAUCUGAUUAUCUUAUCAAUCAUAAAAGGAUUCAUACUGGGGAGAAGCCUUAUCCGUGUAAGUAUUGUGGAAAAGCCUUUGCCACUUCAAGUGACAGAAACAGUCAUGAAAGAAUCCAUACUGGUGAGAGAUCCUUUCUGUGUAAAAAAUGUGGGAAAGUAUUCAUUCUUUCUGGUGAUCUUAUCAAGCACGAAAGGAUUCACACUGGAGAGAAGCCUUAUGCAUGCAAACACUGUGGAAAAGCUUUUACUACUUCAAGUGCCCGUAAUAGUCACGAAAGAAUUCAUACUGGAGAAAAGCCUUAUACAUGUAAGCAUUGCACAAAAACUUUUACCACCUCCAGUACCCGUAACAGUCAUGAAAAAACUCACACUGCGGAGAAGCAUUUCGCAUGUAAUCUUUGUGUGAAAACCUUCAACAGUCAGAGUUCCUAUUACACUCAUAAAAAAAUUCACUCUAUGAAAGAGAAACUUUAUGUGUGUAAGCACUGUGGGAAAGAAUUCACUUACUGUGGUAAUUUCCUCAAGCAUGAAAGAAUUCACACUAUUGAGACAUUGUCCAUGUAAGCAAUAUGUAAAAGCAUUUCUGAGUCCUACACCCCAUUAGAAACCUAUAUAAAAUCUCAGAGCGACAGAACUGUAAACAGCGUGACAUUCUGUGUGGCCAACUUGCCUUUAUUGUGAGGUACAAAGAAAGAUUUUGGAAGGGCCGAGAGAUGGCUUAACUAGUAAUGGUUCUUAAGGAUAGCCUGGUUUUCACCCUGAAACUCACAUGGUAGAAAUAGAGAAUCGGUUCCCAAAAGUUGUCUUCUGAGUUCCAUAUGCACAACAUUGAAUGCAUAUGCGUAUAUGCACCAUGAAGUAAAUAAAUGUAGUGCUAAACAAAAAAUGAAAACAUCUUGAAGGGGAAACAAACAUG